GAUUUUAUUCGUAAGACCUCAUGACUUUCCUUUGGGUGGAGGAUUGGCAUACCUACAUGACAACAUGAUGAACAUUAUCAUGGCCACGAACAACUCCUUUUUACCGAAAUCUAGUGACAUGUACGAACUGAUAGAGUCUUUUUUACAGGCUCCCACAUACCACCUGAUAUUUGAAGCUUUAUUGAUAAUAUGGAUUUUCAAGCUGAUAUUCUUUUCUACAGAAUAUCGUCCAGAAUCUGUUCUGACAGAAAAGGAGAAAGCAGAAUUAAUUGAAGAAUGGCAGCCAGAUCCAUUGGUUCCUGAUGUGGAUGAAAAUCAUCCAUUACUACAAGCCAUGGAGAAGAAUAUUAUAUCAGGAAAACCAGACAAAUAUGUGAUGAUUAACAACAAAUCCUCAUUAAACAUGGCCACACUGAACUUUUUAGGAAUGGCAGGAAAUGCAGAAGUUGAGGCUGCUGCCAUUAAGACACUGAAAAAAUAUGGAGUAGGAUCAUGUGGUCCUCGAGGUUUCUAUGGAACUAUGGAUGUCCAUUUAGAAUUAGAAGAGAAGUUUGCCAAGUUUAUGUAUUGUGAAGAAGCAGCUUUAUAUUCCUAUGGUUUUGCCACCAUAGCCAGCGCCAUCCCUGCUUACUCAAAGAGAGGAGAUGUUAUAUUUGUGGAUGAGGGUGUUUGUUUCUCUAUACAGAAAGGUUUGGUAGCCUCUAGAAGCAGAAUUAAAUGGUUUAAACACAAUGAUAUGGAGGAUUUAGAAAGAUUAUUACUGAUUCAACAGGAUGAAGAUAAAAAGAAUCCCAAAAAGGCCAAAGUAACGAGGAGAUUUGUGGUGGUAGAAGGAUUAUACUUUAACUAUGGUGAUAUCUGUCCACUUCCUAAAAUUGUUGAACUAAAGUGGAAGUACAAAUUGAGACUGUUUAUGGAAGAAAGUUUUUCAUUGGGUGUUCUUGGGGCCAAUGGAAGGGGAGUUACAGAACACUAUAAUAUAUCAGUAGAUGAAGUAGAUUUGAUAGCAGCUUCAUUAGAGAAUAGUAUUGGCAGCACUGGAGGAUUCUGUUGUGGUAGAAAAUAUGUCAUAGAUCAUCAGAGAUUAUCUGGUUUAGGUUACUGUUUCUCAGCCUCACUUCCUCCAAUGUUAGCCACGGCUGCUGUAGAGGCUCUCAACAUUAUGCAGAAUGAUUCCAGUAUAUUACAAAGACUUAGAGAAAAUUGUAGAAAGAUGUAUGAUGGUUUGUCAAUGAUAUCAGGUGUAGAAGUGAUGGGAGAUCCUUUAGCUCCUAUUAAACAUGUCAGAUUAGCAGAAAUUAGCGAUAACAGAGAGUUAGACAUGCAAACUUUACAGAGGAUUGCUGAUCACGCUAUGGAGAAUGGUAUUGCUAUAGUUUUAGCCAGACAUUUAGAGAAAGAAGAACACAAAUUACCACCACCAAGUAUUAGAAUUGCUGUAAAUUGUCAGCUAACAGAAAAUGAAAUUAACCGUGUUGUGGAUGUUUUCACCAAUGCAUGCAGAUCUGUUUUAUGAUUGAGAAAAAAGUGAAACAGAGUGAAAGACUAAGAACAACAAAUAUUUUGUAUUGACAUUUAUAUGAUAUUACUAUAGACAGGAGUGAUUAGUCUGAGAGUGUCACUUGGAACAAGUGCCUAUUUACAUAAAUAUAACUGCAUUUUGAAGGUGUUUUGUGUGAUACAAAGCAUGAUUAAUGCUCAAAUGUUAAAAACUCAUUCUAAAAUUGAGGUGCAUUGUGUUUAAGAUAAAUGAGAUUUAUUUUAGAAAUACUGUGGAUUGAUUAUUAUUCUUGGAUAACAAUGUUAAAGGAUUUUGUGAAUACUAUGGAACCACAAAUUCCAAUGUUCAAUGAAUAACCUAUUUUCUUCCGGAAUUUAAGUAAAAUUUGCCCAAACCACGAAUUUCAAAUAUCAAGUUUUUCUCAAUCCAUGAAAAUUGAUACCCAAAAAAAUAAAGAAUCCACAGUAUUAAUAACCACAUGUUGUUUAUUUUUAUAAUGGUGUGCUUUUUUUUAAACCAAUUGUGUUAUUUCACAGUAUUCUAUGCAGAUUCAUUCAUUUGUUCAACAUCAUAUACUAUGCUGUUAUUCUACAAAGUAAUUAAU